AUGUCUCCAUUCGUAUCUGCCCUGCUUCUGUUCGUCUCUCUGAGCUCCACCACUGCCAGCUGCCCAGGUACCAUCGCCAGCGGUCUCUGCUUCUGGUUGGAGUCGUUUGAGGCCGAACACGACGCCGCAAGAAUCAUCUGCGACGACGCCUACCCCGACUCCUCUCUGGCGCUGGUGCGCGACGACGCGUCGAGCGCGGCGGUGGCUGCCAUCACCACCGGCCGUCCCGCGCUGAUCGGGCUGGACCGCCGCUCCUCCGGAGAGUUUGAAUGGGUGGACCACGAGCCGCUCGAGUAUGCCAACUGGGCAGAGGGUCAGCCCGAGGAUAACCUGCUCGACUGCGUGGUGGCCAAUGUGGAUAAUGUUGGUGGAUGGGCGGUGGCCAGCUGCUCGCAGACGCUGCCGUUUGUGUGCUCGGUGCCAGUCGGUGAGGCUUGA